AUGGCAGGUGCUACACGAUCAAAGACGGACUCUACGGUCGAGGUUGAGGUCGUAGAUAUUCUGAACAAUGCUAACACGCCACAGAGUCAGACCCUGGGCAAGAGAAAGAGAAGGGCACUACCUCGGCGUCCUGGGCGACCGAUAAAGAAAGCGCCAUCUGCAGAAGAGGAGGAUGUCGCAGCAGCAGAGGGUGCAUAUAUCACGCCUGCGUCCACAGGCGGGGAAGGGGUCGAAGAUAUCAGCAAGGGUGGCGCCGGUGGCAGCACUACGAAGUUGAGGAAGCCGAAGGACUGUAUAGCGCGAAGACAACGGAGAUCUACAAUCAAAAUGUCACAUGGCACAGACGUAUAUACAACGCCGGAGAGUCCAGAGACGGCAUCAUCUGCGGUGAAGCGGCGCGUUGAGGGUGGAGAAUAUAGUCUCCAGAACAGCGUCUUUCAUGGCGUCGCUUCGAGCAAAGUGCCUGAAGCAGAUUUCGCUCAAUCUCCAUCUCAGGGUACAAGAAGCAAGUAUCAGUCCGCCGAUGCAUCUAGUCGACAUCCGAAACAACAGAAAGCAGCAGCGCCGGUACGCAUAAUGCGUAGACUUCCGCCACGGGCUCCUGCCGCUGACUCCAUGGAUAACGAAUCACUCGACGCGGGAAUUGAUAGAAUGUUGCCCCUAAGAAACAAUGUAACGCGCUCGCAAAAUCCGCUGAAAAUUUUCUUUCUUGCUGAGAAGACUACCACCACGAUCUCCGAUGAUGUCGGGUAUUCCAGUCCGCAGAAAGUGUGGAAGACGGGGCCUGCAGCUUGUCACCAUGCAGCCAACAAAAGGACCCGCAAGGCACCUUCGAAGGCUGCUGAACAAGAUAUUGAGGAGGACGAGGUGGUAGACAGGGGGGGAGAAGAAGACGAGGAGGACGAGGAGGGAGACAGGGAGGGGCGAGGCAAUAAGGAGCAGGAAAUGGAGGAAGAAGGUGGGGGAGGGGAUGAAGCAGAAGAAGGGGAGGAGGAUAAUGAUGACCAAGGAGAAGAAGAGGAGGAUAAUGAUGACCAAGAAGAUGAAGAGGAGCAUGAAGAAGCCUCCUCAGACCAACAAGGCGAUAGGCAGCCGCGACCUCCCGAUCAGCCGACAGCAGGGAGUCCAGAACGCCAAAGUAACGAUACCAUUGCGGUCACCCACAACGCGCAACCCAAGCCACCAAAGCGGCAGUCAAGAUUUGAAAAAGCAGCCAAUAUACACAAGUGCGCAGAGCACUGGAAGAUAAUGUGGGACGCCGCAAAGGAUAUUCAAGUCCUGGAGGACCCUGAGACCACACCAGUCCGGGAACUACUGGCCGCCAUGCGGAAAUACAGAGAGAUUAUUCGCAACGCAUCGCGAGAAAGUUUAGAAGGGGAUGAAGACUUGCUGUCUGAUUCGAAUGGCUCAGAUCUGGGCAAAAUUGCCACAGUGAUCGGCAGCUUAAAGAAGAGCAGCUCACAAACUGGCAGAGAAGAGAAUCGUUUGAUCAGAGACAUUUAUCUACACGUUAUACCGUGUGCUGUCGAGCUCCUUCGUUCAAUCCUGGUCGUCCGGGCUGUCAACGGAGACCUGAACAUUGCAGCUUUAGAAGAGCUGAUAAUGAUUUUGAAGGCCACUCGCAGACUCUGUGAACGUCUAUAUCAUUGGAAACCUACUCUUCACCUUGACGACGAGACGAGGUCCACGACAAACCUAAAAAUCAAGUUAUCUUUAAGACCUAUUGAGGUUGAAUACAAAAAGGCUCUUUCGGAUCUCAGACGCGCCAAGUACGAGGCAGAGGCCAAGAUCCGGCAAGAAGAGUUUGCGAUGAAGCAGGAGAUGUUGAUAAAGGCGCAGAAGCAGGAAAUACUCGAUAGACGACGGGAGUUUGCUGACUGGAUGCAAAGGCAUACGGGUGAGAGACAGACACAAAAAGUGACGCAGUUAAGACAUGGCACCCGGAGGAGAGAUAUCUCGGAGGCGCACGAGGUGUACGAUCUGGACGAUCUGGACGAUCUGGACGUGCAUGAGUCUACGCGCGAGUCGGAUGACGACUUCAUACGCGGAUCGACCGAGGAGAUUCCCAAGGCCACGAAGCGCGUCUGGCGGAGCGAGGAGAAACUCGCUCUGCUGGUUCUUCUCCAAAAGCAUCGCGGACCUGAUCGCUACGAGAAAAUUCAAGAGGCCAUAAGCGACAUUUCCCGCUUUAUCCGCAGAUACGGCCCGGAUAAUUUCAUGGCAUUGGGAGCCAACAGCCACAUUGAUCUCGACCUUGCUGGUGCCGCCGAUGUUCUCGAUGACCUCGGUAUCAUGGAAGUUUCCGACAUUAGGGAACGGGCCAAGUAUUUGAAAGCGGCACAAGCGGAAACUAUGGCAAGAGAUCUUAAAGACGGUUGCGGUAGAGAGAAAUGGUCCUGGCUUCUGAGUGUAUGA